UUCUUUCUAACAGCAAAGCAUCUCUAUUUUUUUUUUUGAAACCUCAUUAAAUUAAAUAGUAAUUUCGAAAGAAUACUUUCUUCUUCCAAUUUUGACUACAUCAAAUUAUCAGCAACAAUCUUCCAGCAAUGGCACUCUUCAUUUCUCACUCUUUGCGCUUCUUCCAGAAAGUCCUGAAUUGAGUUGGAAUUGUCAAAGAAGGAAAUAUGGAGGUUGAAUUAUUCAGCAAUGUACUGUCAGAAGAAGAUACAGUUGAAGUUGAUGCUGAAAAUGACAAUUUGGGUGCUGAAGGUGAAAGAUGUGGGAUAUGCAUGGAUGUUGUAAUUGAUCGAGGAGUUCUGGAUUGCUGCCAACAUUGGUUUUGUUUUGUUUGCAUCGACAACUGGGCCACUAUCACAAAUCUUUGCCCAUUGUGCCAGAAUGAAUUUCAACUUAUCACUUGUGUUCCAGUGUAUGACACAAUUGGAAGCAGCAAAAAUGAUGAGGACUCAGAUUCCAGAGAUGAGGACUGGUGCGUUGAGGGGAAGAACAACACUCUUUCCUUUCCAUCAUAUUACAUUGAUGAAAAUGCAGUUACCUGCUUGGAUGGAGAUGGCUGCAAAAUCCGAAGUGGAUCAGUGAGCUAUGAAGAAACAUUGACUCUUGAUACUUCUAUUGCUUGUGAUUCAUGCGAUAUAUGGUAUCACGCUUUCUGUGUGGGAUUUGACCCUGAAGGUACAGGUGUAGAUACAUGGUUGUGCCCUAGAUGUUUAGUUAAUGAAGCAGGCCAGGCGGCAGAUCUGAAAGAAAUGUAUGAUACUGAAAAAGUCUUCAAUAAUCAUCAUCUUGUUGACACAUCUUCUGGAAAAGUGUCCGUAACUGUUGCUGAUACUGGAGAAACAGCUGUGGUAGUCUCACGGAUUAAUGGUGAAAUUGCUGACAAUGAACCAAUUAUGAAUUGCCUGUUCAAUGAAGAACUCACUGAUGAUUGUAAAGUUGAGAAAUCCUUGCUGGCCCGUGAGUGUUGCUCAUCAGAGAUGAAAAACUCGUUGGAUCAAGGGAUUACCACUAACCAACUAGAAGCAAAUGUUCCUUCUGCUACGUUUGGGGAAUGUGUUGUAAAAAGUGAGCCAGUCGAAAGCGAAACAAGAAUGUCUCUUGACCUGGGGCUAUCUUUUGCUUCUUCUACCUUAUCUGAUGACAAAGGUAACAAUUUAUCGGUGCGAGAUGAAUCUCUGCAUGAUGCUUCAACAGAUGAGCACUUGGAAGAUAUGAACGCUGAUGUGGCUCCAAGACUCGGUGAGAAGCGGAAGCAUCCGGGGAAGAGUUUUCAGAAAAAUGAUGACUGUGGGCAUAAUGGAUUUGGGCUUGCGGGUGCAUCUUCAUCAAAAAAGGUAAAAGUUCAGCGACGUGCCAGGCGUACUUCUUUGAAUUGCCAAGCAGAUGUCUGUUCCCCUGAGGACUUUCAGAAAAACAGCAAACUGAUAGAAAACUCCGCAGAUGAAAUUAACGGGAAAAAAACGGUGAAGAAAAACCAAUCUAUCGACAUAAUGAGUAUAGUCCAGGCAAGGAAACUCGGAACAGAAAAUAAGCCUGUACGUCAAAAGGAGGCUAGUAAAUGUGCCAAAGUUGAAAAAAAUGCUGCUGGACUAAGAAUGAAAAAGAUCAUGAGAAGACCUAAUGAAGACAAAGAGUCAUAUGAUGUAGUACAGAAGCUGAGAAAGGAAAUCAGAGAAGCUGUUCGCAAAAAGCCGGCAGGUGAUAUUGGGAAAAGCAUCGUAGAUUCCAAUCUGCUGGCUGCUUUUAGAGCUGCAGUAGCAGGACCUGUAACUGAACCAGCUAAAAAGUCCUCUGCGAGAAUAGUCAAAGCAAAGAAGUUACUGUUGCAGAAGGGAAAAGCAAGGGAGAAUCUCACGAAGAAGAUAUAUGCAACAUCUAGUGGAAAGAGACGACGUGCAUGGGAUCGUGAUUGUGAAAUUGAAUUCUGGAAGCAUCGAUGCUUGACAACAUCUAAACCAGAAAAAAUUGAAACUCUAAGAUCAGUUCUCAACCUACUUAAUAGGAAUCCAGAGACCAAAAAUGUGGGACAAACUUCUCGUGAAGAUGAAGCUCCAAUUCUUUCAAGGCUGUACCUAGCCGAUGCAUCUGUUUUCCCUCGAAAGGAUGAUAUUAAGCCUCUAUCUGUUCUGAAAGCUGCUGCUUGCUCCAACCAGAAUGAAGUGCUUUCUUCUGGAGAAAAGUGUAUUGAGUCUCAUCCAGAUAAUUGUGCUGUUAAAUCUUUGGGCAAAAAUGAGGAUCCUGUACAAAGUAACAUUGGUUUCAUUGAUGACAAGAAGAAGAGUGUUUGUUCCAGUAGUACGGAUGGAGUUACUCCUGGAAAACUCCAUCGAGGUGGAAACCUGGACAAGGCAUCUCCCCAGAAGAAGAUGGUUGGUAAACCAGAUGAUGUAAAGAUUGAUAAAAGGAAAUGGGCCCUAGAGGUUCUUGCGAGGAAAACUGGUUCUGGUGCAACAAAUCCAAUGCAUCAGAAACAAGACGAUGCUGCAUUAAAAGCAAGUUAUCCUUUGUUGGCUGAAUUACCAACAGAGAUGAGACCCAAACUAGCACCCACUCGUCAGAAUAAGAUUCCUGUUUCAGUUCGGCAGGCGCAACUUCAUCGCUUGACAGAACACUUCCUUAAGAUGACAAAUUUGUCGUCUAUGCAUCGUACUGCGGCAACUGAGCUGGCUGUUGCGGAUGCAGUCAACAUAGAAAAGCAGGUUGCAGACAGGUCCAACAGCAAGGUCGUCUAUUUGAAUCUUUGUUCGCAGGAAAUUCGAAAUCAUACAAAUUCUAGUAGUUCUGGAACUCUGUCUGAAUCUACCCCUUCAAGCCCAGUACCAGUACUCUCCAAAGAUGACCAAUCUUCAAUACCAUCUCUUGAUUCUGACGCCGAGGCAGCUUUGAGAGCUGCUGGUCUUUUGUUCGAUUCUCCUCCAAGCAGUCCACUCAACAAGGUUGAGUAUCGCAAUGGUGACGAUAAUCCCUUAGAAGAAGUCAAAGAGGAAGAAUUAGAGAGUAUACUUGAAAUGGAGUGUCAUCCAGAUCUUGAUAUCUAUGGUGAUUUUGAGUAUGAUUUAGAUGAGGAGGACUAUAUUGGUGCUACUGCCAUCAAUGCCUCAAAGGCACAAACGGAAGAAGCGGAGUCAAAAGUGAAAGUUGUUUUCUCCACUGUGAGUUUGAUUAAAGUAGAUAAUGAUCCAGGUGCUAAACAGCAGGAUUUGCGAAACACUGAUACACUCUCAAGUAUACCAAGCUUGCUUGGAUGUCCCAAUGUUAGUGGUAGUGGAAGCUCACCUGUGGAAGAGAAGGUGGAAUCACUAUCGCUUCCUGGAGACUCGUUUCUGGAAGGGGAGCGUAAAGAGCUUUCGGUUGCAGAAUGUGAAGAGCUAUAUGGUCCAGACAAGGAGCUAACCAAUAAAAUUUCUGACAUUUUUCCAGCCAAAAGUUCAGCUUUGCCGGGUGCCAAUAAUAUUGACAGUACUAAAAUUGACGAGAAUAAAGUGAUUGCUGAUUAUACUCAUAGCAUUGUUGUUGGGGAAAAUUCUUCCAGCUCUUCUGACCCUAGAGGAAAAGUUGAGGUAGAGAGGAAUAACGAUUCCAAGAUUGACAAGAAAAGCGAGCAUGUUGAGUAUGUGCUUAAAAAGGUAGAAGCUUAUAUAAAAGAGCACAUCAGGCCACUGUGUAAGAGUGGCGUGAUAACAGUAGACCAGUAUCGAUGGGCAGUGGGGAAAACAUCCGAGAAGGUGAUGAAACAUCACUCUAAAGCCAAAAAUGCAAAUUUUCUCAUCAAGGAAGGCGAGAAGGUGAAGAAGCUUGCUGAACAAUAUGUCGAAACAGCUAAGAACAAGGAUAAUAAGUAGUUUGAUAAAAAGCCUCAUUUCUAUAGAUUGUAAUUUGUACAGAAGAACAGGCUAUUGAGCCAAGCGCACAGUUUUUAGGUAAUUGGCUGAAGAUGUAACCCAGUACAUAAUGCCGGGAAUUGUAAAUAUUGGUCGCAAUGAUACUUCAGCAUUAGAUGUUCA